UGUGCUGUGUCCCUCGGACACAGGGGAUCACCGAUCCACAGAAGGAGCCGAAGAUGUCGGCUUGGUCAUGUGAUCAGCUGUGUCCAAUCACAGCUGAUCACAUGGGACAUGUACACUGAUCAUCAGGGCACUGAUGAUCAGUGUGCCCUGAUGAUCAGUGUAGCCCCAGCAGUGCCACCUGUCAUUGUGCAUCAGUGCCAGCUGUCAGUGCUCAUCAGUGCCAAAUCAAUGCCACAUAUCAGUGCCCAUCUGAGCUGCCUUUCAGUGUCACCCAUCAAUGCCAAUCAGUGCCGCCUAUCAGUGCCAUACAUCAGUGCUGCCUUUCAGUGCCCAUCAGAGAUGCCUGUCAAUGCUCAUCAAUGCCACCUACCAGUGCCACCUACCAGU